GUGGCAUUGUCUUCGGUGUCAUGGCGCUGCGCUGCUCUCCGGCUCCUCUUCCCGACUCGGUGUCUUCUGACAUGCAGAAUAUGAGGCAGCUCUCCCGGGAGCAAGUCUCCCGACUCUGCUUGGUGAUAUUUUCCUUCUUAAAAGAACAGAAAGAGGUGGAUCAGUUCACUUCUCAGCUUGAAGAUUUUGCCAAAGACAACGGGAUUAGCCUGAGUCCUUUAAAAAGCAUUGUGAGGAGUGUGCUGCUUGUUCUGAACGGUGCUCUGAGGAGGAAUCUGAAGUCUGAGGACCUGCAGUCUGACCUGGUUGCUCUAGGAUUAGAUGAGGAGAAGGGCCGGAUUUUUGCUGACAAGUGGAGCAGCGAUGUGGCGGUUCUCACACGGCUAGCGGUCGGGCGAACACUCAGCAUUAAUCAGCUGGUGGACAUGGAGUGGAAGUUUGGGGUUACAGCAGCGAGCAGCGAACUGGAGAAAGCAGGGACCAUAUUCUUACAGCUAAAGAUGGUCAUUAAAAAAGGAAACCAGUUGGAGCCAGUCUACGUAGAGCUGACACUGCCGCAGUUCUACAGUUUCCUACAUGAGAUGGAACGCGCCAAGAGCAGCCUGGACUGUUUCACGUGACGCAGCGCCCCUACAGGAUUACAGUGAUCGCUCUGGGUACCAGCCUGGUAAAUGGAUAGAGCAGCUACAGUACAUAUUGUUCUUACACUGCCCUGCAGCACCCACAAUAAAACAUUCCUCUGUCUCUACCAUUGAACGAGUGUAAACUGUGUCCGCACCAUGGAACGAUAUACAGCGCUGACCGUGGACGGGUCAGCCAUGCAGCAGUAGACUUCCUUAUCUCAAACCAAUGACAAGUUGCUCUGGGAAAAACUGAAACAAGACUUCACGUUGCCCUGUCAUGGCGGUACCUCAUGUAAAAAUCACGGUUUUAUUUUGGUGUCAUUGAAUAAACUUUUAAUAUGUCAUAGCGUCGGUGGGGGUCCGAGUGCUGAGCCCCCCACCGAUUCUUAGAAUGAGGAGAGAGCAGCUCUCACAUAAUGUGUUGUCUCUCCUCGCUGCAGGAGACUGGCUCAGUAGAGAGUCUGUGGCUCUGAUUUAUCAUGCCUGCACUCCAGAACUCUGGCUUCAAAAAGGGGCAAAAUAGGGCUUUUGCAACGUUUUGCUCUCGUGACUUUUUUCAGUUUUAUGGGCUGUUCACAUCUCGUUUUUGCUGUACGUCAGGCGAAUACAGUUAGACAUAAAGU